GGAAAACAGAGCUAGAAGCGGAGGGAUUUGCAGCCGGUGUUAUAUCGAAAAAUGCUACCUAUCGAAAUGUGCUUCCAAGCCGCUCUGCGCAUGUCUGCCAAAACAUCAAACUGUACUUCCGUGUUUGAAAGCUAACGUCAGAUCCACAAACAGCACAGCCUGAGUGUUGGUGUGUAAUAACUGAGGUAAUGGGGUUUAAAGACGUGUUGUUUUAUUAAUAACUGAACAGAGACUUUCACCAGGAACUCUUCAGGAAGGAGGAACUGUUGAAUCUCGAACAGAGGGAGGCUUUCAUCAGAAGCAAUGAGCAGCGGCUCAGCAUCCGAGCAGCUGGAGGAGGUGAGGAGGAGAGCAGAGUCCAUCCUCGCCUCUUCAGGUUCGGCUCAGGAUGUGAAGGCUGAGGUCCAGACGAUGGCCAGCACUCCGCUGCCUCUUCCAGAGAAGUACCGUCAGUUAGGGGUCGAGACCAUGCUGAGGGAGAACACAGCGGGACGCAACAAACAGGAGGUUCUGGACUCUCUAAGGAGACUAGUCAAGGCCUUGAGUGUCCUGGAGAAGUACGGCUGUAACCUCACAAAUCCUGCAAGGCCCAAGUACUGGAGGAACGUGAAGCACAACAACCCCACCUUCAAAAGGACGGUGGAUUCAAUUGAGGGCGGGCGUAGAGUUCUGUUUUUGUUCGGCUACACUAACCAGCAGAUUGACGGCCUCAGUUUCCCAGAGGAAGUCACUGAACCAGACGCUGAAAAAGUUGCAGCACUGACACUGGAGGUCAUGACCUUUCGUGCCGAGGUGGACAUGGUCUUACAGGGCACCCAUCCUCAGCCAGAGUUCUUCAAAGAUAUCAUCCCAUCCGUCAUCCAGCAGGACACACUGGUGAGUGACGCUGUGCCCAUCCUGCCCGUAGAGGAACAUCAGAAGAAAGACAUCCCUCAGGCUCUGUCCCCCUCACCCACUCAGCUCCAAGGAGGACAACAACUUCUGACUCCAACGACAGACGACCCUCCUGCAGUGGGGGAUUGUAAUUUGUGCGGUGGACCUUCAUCUCUAGUUUGCCCGUCUUGUGAGAAAAAGCCUUUCUGUGAUGCAUGCGAUGACUUUUUUCACCGCCACCCUGCGAGAGCCAAUCACAAGAGGGACAAAAUACAGAACACGAAACAAGAGACCUGCAGCAUCUGUGGGAUUUCUCCUGUUCACGCUCAGUGCUUCACCUGUGCUCAGAGCUUGUGUCUGAACUGUGACAAGCUUUUCCACUCUCACCCCGACCGCAAAGGGCACAGCAGGAACGUCAUCACGCCGGCCAAAACAUCCAGUCCGUCUCUGUCCCCGUGGGAGUGCGCUCACUGCACCACGGUUAACGAGAUGCGAGCCGUCCUCUGCACGACCUGCGAACGGCCUCGACUCGCCACGGCCGCCUCCAACGUUCAGGAGAGCCUCGUGUCAGUUUCUCCCAACACAGAGUGGCAGUGUAAGAGCUGCACAGUCAUGAAUCAAGGCAGCAGCAUCCUCUGUGAGGUGUGUGAGCGCCCUCGUCUGGCCACCCGCCCACCUGCACCAUCGAUGCUGUCCAGUCCAGGGUCUCUGUCUGAGUCUGGAACAAAGCAGUGGAUGUGUCAGUUCUGCACCUUUGAGAACACAAAGCCCGCUCUGGUGUGUGUGAUGUGUAACCAGCCGUGUAAAGACCCCGCUGGAGUGUCUCUGCCUCAGUCCCUGCAGCAGACUCCGACGUCCGCCGCCAAAGAUCAACCCCAGCCGGGGGUCAAACCCAAACCAAAGCCCAGAGUCGGCAUGGAGAUGAAGAGACAGAUGAUGAUGAGAGACGACGGCCUGAGUCUCAUCAACCAGAUCAGAGAAGCAGAAAAACGCGGCGUCAGUCCCGAGGAGGUGUACGCCGCCAUCUGCAUGUCCGGCGGCAGCAACCCCUGUGAUUGGCUGACUUCAGAGCUGCCUCACCUGCUGGAUGAAAUCUGCGCCAUGGCGGCCUCCGUCCAGCUAAACUACAAAGCAGGGGAUUCUGGGACACAACUUGAGGUGGUGAGAGACGGACAGGAGGCCGAGCGGAGCGGUCCGAACGACACAGGCGGAGGCGUGAAGCUGUCUCGAGCAGAGGCCAAGCUGGCGUGGUUAGCCGCGGGAGGAGACACGCAGAGAGCCGUGAGACAGCUGCUCAGAGACAGACAGUUCAAGAUGAGGGAGCUGCACUCUCUGGGCUUCAGAGAUGUGUUGCGCUGCGAGGAGGCCCUGCGUCAGAGCGGCGGAGAGAUGAGAGGGGCCCUGUCUCUGUUGCAGCGCCCCCUCCUGGAGCAGUUCCACCAGCGUAUCUGGGGGGAACAGCCCGAGCCGCCGAUUGAUCCCAAACACCCGGACAAACAGAGGAUGUGCAGACGUCUGCUGGCGUUAUACGAGCUGCCCAGCUGGGGGCGCUGUGAGCUCGUCCUCUCGCUGCUUCAGGAGCCAGACGUCACGUACUCUCUGGAGGACGUGGUGCACGCUGUGAAAGAGUCCCCGGACAAAGAUUUCAUCCGGCGUCUCCUCAACAACGAGUGUCCCUGCUGUCUGUGCAUCUUCCCCCGCAGCAAGAUGCAGUCUCUGACCUCCUGUCAGUGCUCCGUGUGUCACGAGUGCUUCAGGCAGCACUUCACCAUCGCUGUGAGAGACAAACACAUCAGAGACAUGGUGUGUCCCGUCUGCAGCGGGCCGGACAUCAACGACCCCGAGCUGAUGGACAGCUACUUCUCCACGCUGGACAUACAGCUGCGGGUGUGCUUGGAGUCUGACGUGUACGACCUGUUUCAUAAAAAGCUGACGGAGCAGGCUCUGAUGAAAGACCCAAAGUUCCUGUGGUGUUAUCACUGCACCUAUGGUUUCAUCAAUGAAGGAGACCAGCUGAAGGUCACCUGUCUGUCCUGCCAGAAGAGUUUCUGCGCUCAGUGUAAGAAACCUUGGGAGCCUCAGCACCAGGAUCUGUCCUGUGAGCAGUUCCAGCAGUGGAAGAGGGAGAACGACCCCGAGUAUCAGAGGCAGGGCCUGGCCGGAUACCUCCGAGACAACGGCAUCACCUGUCCUUCCUGCAGGUUCGUGUACGCUCUAACUAAAGGCGGCUGCAUGCACUUCAGCUGCUCCCAGUGCAGGUACCAGUUCUGCAGCGGCUGCAACAACCCCUACCACAAGACUGUGUGUAAGACGCCUCAGUGUAACUUCCCCGGGCUUCACGCUCAUCACCCCAGAGACUGUCUCUUCUACCUCAGAGACUGGGAGCCGCCCAGACUGCAGCACCUGCUGCAGAAGUGCGGCGUGGAGUUCAACACGGAUCCAUCUGACGGAGCUCAAACUGACGCCUGCUGUGUGAUGGAGCAGAAGGAUGAAGCGGGUCAGCAGAUCGAUUCACCCUGUGGGGCCCAGACUCAGCCGGGACAAGCCGGACUCUGCGAGAAGCACUACAGGGAGUACCUGGUGAGUCUGAUCAACGCUCACUCUCUGGACCCGGCUCUGCUCUACGACCUCCAGGAGCUGACCCGGGCGUGUGACCGACACCAGGUGGACAAGCAGAAAGGAGAAGCCGAGGAUGACAACGCCUACCACGCUAGACUGCUCAAGAAAGUGAUGGAGGUCCCUCUCGGUGAAAAAGUUCCUCGGAACAAAUGAAGGAGCCUUCAGAAGUCCGGCUCAGAUGUAAUGAAUGUUUGAAGGAUGAAGUCCUGUCUCUGCUCGCUGUGUGACGAAAACAAACCAAGAGUUUGACUUUCAUCUCAUUUUAACUAAAGGAACUUAUAUUUCUCUACGAAGACCGUGUACACAAAUAUAUCAAAUAUUUUUUUGCACUUGAAAGCAGAAAUGUAAAUCAGAAGAAUCUUUAAGUAGCUUUAAUAGAGGGGAAUAUAAAUAUGAUUACAUAUUAAUCAGGUUUGUUUAUUGGGGUUAAAGUGCUCUCUCAGAUUGUACGGCUCAGCUGACGUCUGGACUUAAUGUAUGAAUCAAUCUCAAUAAAAACUCUGAUUCAUUGGAA